AGAGAUUGUGUAGGGAGGGAGGGAAGUGUAAGCCAGUCGCAGCAUCUCUCCUCACUGCACCAGGGCUGAGGGACUCCUCGUCCCCUCUCUUCCCUCGCUGCAGUUUCAACUCAUCUCCAUCAGUGCAGUCAUCCUUUUUCUUUUGCUUGUUGCUUUUUGGAUAAAUGCAUUGCUUUCUCAUUUUCCCUUUUCCAGGAUCUAAGGAUUUGUGUGUUUUUAAGAACCAAAAACAUGGAUUGCCUUGUUUGGCUCAGGCGAAGGGGGCUUUUCUGCAAAAGACAACGCUAAAAGCUGGGACUCCAACUGGGACUUUGUCUUCUCGUUUUGCUGCUAGAGCGGAUCCCCCCGUUUGUCGUUCUUCAAGGGUUUUGGUCAGCGUGAAAGACGUACUAUACCUGGACUAAAAGACAAAGGCGCAUUUAUGCUGUAUGUUUUUCCAACUUGAACGCACUCUUAAGCGGAGUAGUUAGAAAAGCUACGGUUGCAUCAAGCACUUGAGGAGAAGGUGUUAUGUCAGAAACAAGUUAAUGGGAUGAACCGCCGAUUGAUUCUGAGACCCCCUCUCUGCAUGUGUGGCCAAAGGGAUUGCUGAGGAGUGGAAGAGAGUGGAGCACUGAGUUUGUCAGCUGGCCUCUCGUUGCUCCUAGAGUGUCCUUUCACCCACCUGCACGGGAUUCAGAUAUUUAAACGCAUUUAUCAGGUCCUGGAUGCUUAUACUUUUUGUUUUGGAUGUGCAACUUGCAGUCCAGUAGCACUGAGAGGCAAGCUUGUACUUCUGGAUUUAAGCCCUUUUCUGCACGAACGAGGCGUAUUGACACGCUUUUGUCUGACCAAAUUCUAGAGAUGCCUUAUAAACAGAUUCCCCCCGCCGCCAUAGCCGUUUGAGCUGAAAGAGCUGUGACAUUAUCUCCUGUGGACAUCCCCCUGUUAUUGUAGCCUGUCUGUGUUUUGAUUCAGACAAUAGCUGGACAAACAUGAGCUCCAGACGCUGACCAGAGGACCACCAAAAUAUAGGACGCCUGCCCACCGCAACUUGAAACUUUGACACAGACUGAAGAGCUAAUUUGUGAGAGAUAUCAUAAAAGAGACUCAUAAGGCUCCUUGAUUAGCUAUUUUUCUGGUGUGACAGAGUUUUGACUAAAGGGAGCAUCCCUCACAGUUUUGCCCUUUUUAACUUUGUGUGGUUUCCUUCCUCACAUCUUCUUUGCUCCCUGCCCAUGCGGUGGUGGCGUAAAAUCCCCAGCCUCCUGGCGGCAACUCUCAUUAAAAUCAUCCGAUGAGGCCGCAGACCCGGGACGUCAAACCAGCAGGGAAGCUCGCCUCUGGAAUCAAUGCCGGUAGCGGGACUAAUGCUGCUGCUUGCUGCUGCACUUUAGGUUGAAUCAUUUCUCCUCCUGCUAAGAUGUCCACCAACCGCCAUCAUCAGCCAUGCUUGACGUGAAAGAAGAGACGAGCAAGUUGUCAUGCUGUCGCAGAGACUGUGCCGGUCUCCCCCCAGUCAGUGUUCACUUGAGUGAGACGCAGCUAUGUGAGGGUAUGCUGAGCGAGAGCACGAGUGUGCUUGAGAGAAGAAUAACCCUUUUGAACUGAGGGGUGGUGAAGAACUACAGGGACGCAGGCAGUUCUCCAGUUUCGAGUUGACCUCUUCAUGGGUGGCAAAUCGCAACGCUGACUCACCUUCACCAAGAAGAUGAACCACUCGGAAUUGCCGACAGAUCCCACGCUCGCGGCCAACAGCAGCAAUGGCGAUUUCCUCCCUGGCAGGCUCUCCAACCAUUCCUGUCCUUUAGGAUGGGGGCUGAAGGACGGCGUGGAGGCUUGCGUUUUGGAGACCGCAGUCAUCGUGCUCUUGACGGUCCUCAUUAUUGUCGGGAACGUGACGGUGAUCUUUGUGUUUCACUGCGCCCCUCUUCUGCACCACUACACCACGAGCUACUUCAUCCAGACCAUGGCCUACGCCGACUUGCUGGUUGGCCUCAGUUGCCUUGUGCCCACCUUAUCUCUGCUGUACUACCCAGCAGGUGUCCAGGAACCAAUCACGUGCCAGGUUUUCAGCUACGUCAUCUCUGUUCUGAAGAGCGUCUCAAUGGCCUGCUUGGCCUGCAUCAGUGUGGAUCGCUACCUGGCCAUAACUAAACCGUUGUCGUACAACCAACUAGUGACACCAUGCCGGCUACGAGGCUGCAUAGCCCUCAUUUGGGUCUACUCCAGCCUGGUGUUCUUGCCCUCUUUCUUUGGUUGGGGUAAGCCGGGAUAUCACGGGGAUAUAUUUGAAUGGUGCGCUCAUUCUUGGCCCACCUCGGCCAUAUUCACAGGCUUUGUGGUGUGCUUUCUCUAUGCACCCGCCGCGCUCGUCGUCUGUUUUACCUACUACCACAUCUUUCGCAUUUGCCAACAACACAACAGGGAGAUCAGCGAGCGGAGGGCACGGUUCCCCAGCCAGGAGAUGGAGCCCGGAGAGGGCAACGGCAGCGGGCAUCACGGAGGGCACGGACCAGAUCGACGCUACGCGAUGGUGCUGUUCCGCAUCACGAGUGUUUUCUACAUGCUGUGGCUUCCUUACAUAAUCUACUUUCUUCUAGAGAGUUCCCACGUGUUGGAUAUCCCGGCCCUGUCCUUCGUCACCACCUGGCUGGCCAUUAGCAACAGCUUUUGUAACUGUGUCAUCUACAGUCUGUCGAACAGCGUGUUUCGCCUGGGCAUGCGCAGACUGUCACAGACUAUGUGCUCUUUCAGCCACUGCGGUGCGGAUGAAAGGGAUUUUGGGGAGCCCAAACCAAGAAAAAGAGCAAACUCAUGCUCCAUCUGAGGGACUGCUUGAUUAAAGAUCAUCUCCAGAAGUUACAUUUUCUGCUGAAGAGCUGAAAAAAGAGGCUUCUGUUUUGUAAACCGUUCAGGUGAAUCCAAUGACGUUGGCCUGGUUAGGAUAAAAUGGUGACUGGGGUUUUCAAGGAGACGGAUACAGCGUCUAGACAGAGAAUAUUAAUGAGAGAUGGGCUUUCUGUGAUGGAUUUUAUUAUACCGCACCACACAGGCUUACUCCGGCCUUUACAUUAUACCGGAUGUUUUCUGCCAGGUCAGGCAGAGUGGAAAAACUAAACUACAACACCCUCUCCCCCCAGAAAAUAUAAGAUUAUACAUCCUCUAUCUAAUGUGACCUUAAUACUUGUUAAACUUUUAUUUAUAUUUGUGGUUUUUCAUCAUUUGUCAUGUCCAUUUAAGUCAUGCCCAAAAUACAGCGUAAGGUUCUCCCUUUAUAUUAGACAUAUAUUUAAAGAUACAAACAGUGACCAUGACAGAAGCCGCUGAUAAAUAUUAUAGUACACAACCAUGACUGUUUUUUAUGUAUUCAUUUAUUUAUUUAUUGAGUAAAAUAGCGUUUUUCUACUCUUAUUUAUUUUCUUAUAUAGAAGAGAAAUGAAAAGUAUCGAUGUCAAUUGGUGUUCCACAUCUUUCUGACUGUUGAAAUAAACGCCUUAACAUGGUUACUGAUCUUAAAUAUAUCAGAUUUAUUUUGAUUUUUAUUAGCCAAAAAUCCAGAAGAUUUUUUUUUCAUAUGUAAACACUGUUGGCCUGAAGUAACCUCUUGUUUUGUGGCAGUGUUGGGGUGAUGUAAUCCCUGUCGAAGAUGAUGCUGGAUUUUAUUUCAGAGCAGCACAGUGUGGGGACUCAGAUUAAUGUAAUCUGAUAUAGUUUGACACUGCUGUGAGGAUGAAGCCCAUCUGAUCGAAAAUAACACACCCAGUUGUGUAAAUGUUUAAGGCUGUGCGAACAUGGACAUGGUUUGUUGAACUGUGCAAUGAAUAGGUGGAAAUGAAAAUGAUGUUGUUUGUGCCAAGUAACAAAUAUGAAUAUUUCAAUAUAGAGUGGUCAACUUGCAUAAUACAAUUAGACUGACUUUAGUGUAGUUUAUGGGAUGAACCAAAACCAAAAGUAGUGCAUAGUAUUAAAAUGAAGGAAAAAUGAAACAGGGUUUCAUAUGUUGCAGGCGUUUGUAUUCAGGCCUUUUAAAUCUAUACUUUGUAGAACAACCCUUUCCUGUAUUUAAAAACUGCAAAACAUUUAAAGAUAUUUCUCCAGCAGCUUGGGCAGCUAGAGAUUAAAGGUUUUUGUUCAUUCUACUUAGCAAAAUAGCUCAAACUCAGCCUGGUUGGAUGGAUAGCGUCCCUGAACUUGAAUCAGUAUUCAAGUUUCACCACAUUUUCUCCAUUGGCUUUGGGUCUGGUGUUGCUGGGCCGUUAUAACAUAUAAAUGUGCUUUGACAGCAUUUCACUGUGAAUCUGGCUGCAUCUUUAGGGUCACUGACCUUCUAGUAGGUCAACGUCUGCCCCAGUCUCAAAUCUUUUCCUGCCUCAGAUUGGUGAUGUUCCUGUGUUUCGCUCCAUUCAUCUACCCAUAACGCUUCACUGUCCCCUCUGAAAAACGGCAUCCCCACGUUGAUGUGUAGUCUAACUUUCCUGCCACACACAGUGUUUUGCGCCCGGGUCAGCACAUCCAUUCUUCCUCACGUUUGCUGCUUUCCCUUAAUGGCUGGUUGCAAACUUUAAACAGAACUUCUUGUGAUUUUCUUUCAUCAUUGACUUUCCUCUCUCUCUCCUCCCCCCCAUCAAGGCCAGACUGUCAAGAGGUUGUACCACCUGAGCUGUGGGUCUGUUCAGCUCAUCCAGAGCUAUCACAGGCCUCUUAGCUGUUCUCUGACAAACCUCUGAAUUUAUCUUUAUUUAUACUAUCACUAAAUUGCACACAUGUGGACCCUAUUCACUAAUUAGGUGCCUUUUAAAUCCAGUUGAAUAAAUUUGGAAGUCUUUUGCUGGUAAAAUGAAAGAAAUUCUAUUUAUUCUUUUUCCUUUGACUUCACAGUCAUGCAUUAUCCCAAAUGAAGUACAUUGAAGGUUUUAGCAGCAAUGUGCCAAAAUAGAUGAAGAUUCAUGUGUAUGGAAGGUUUAGCAACGGACUGCAUACAAGUUUUGAAGCAAAUUAAACAUUUUAAUUCAGUUUUGAUUCUCAUCUGUUGCCUUAGAACAAAAUAUUCCAGUUUCAGCACUGAUCAGCUAAUUUCUGAUAACGUAUAAUUGAUGUUUCAAUCUAAGUAAUCAAAUUACCACCAUGCUCACGCAGUAAUUUUUAGGUUUUAAUAUAUUUGGUUGUUUUGUGGUUUUUUUUUUUUGUGUUUAAUGAGGCAGACAACAGAGCACAUCGGUCCAGAAUCGUGUGUCGCCCAUUGCUUCGCAGCUUAACCCGUGUAUUUCUUAUUUUAAAACAGCAGUAAGUGGUUUUUGACCCCUUGCGAGGAAAAUAGACCUUAAAUCUGAAAUUAUUUUUGUUUGGUAAAAAGAAGUUAGCGUUCAGACUGAAUCUUUUUUUCCCCACCUUAGAAGGGAGUCUGACUUUGUUUUAAGCCCAGAGUUGGUAAAACGGUAAAUGGUGAAUGGAAACAUUCCUGUGUUGUAGCUGAAAGUCGUGCUCUGCCGCCUUCAUCUGUCUAAUAUCGUGGAGGGUUGGUUCUGUGUCGCUACAAAUUUUCUGUUAUGCAGCUUUAAUGCACUACACAUUGUUCUGCUUAUGUGCCUAAAAAAGUUGUUUUGUAGGAAAUAGAUGUUUAGAAAUGAUAAACAUGAAAUGCUGCAUUUUUAAGACCAUACCUUCCCACCAUGUACAUAUUCAAGGGUCAUUGGCCUUCCCUUGCCAUGACUUUGUGGUAACUACAGUGACGGCCACUUGAACAAUGAGUUGCUUGAGUCACUUUUUAAUCGAUCAUUUCUCUCUGUCUCCCAUUUCUGGUAGAUUUCCCUUCUGUAGCUAUAUUAUCUGGUUUAUAUAAAGAAUAACAAAGGGAAGCACAAACAAAUACUAGCCUCAUGAUAUUUCUGUCAUUUGACUUUAAUGGGUUGUGUUUUCGGUGUUUUUUUUUUUUUUUUUAGUAAGGUGGGACCUUAGAUGAAAAUUAGGUGAAAUAGAGAACAUGUGCUGAUCAGUCCUGUAUAAUCUUAACAAUGUGGUAAAACUCAUAAAAUAUAGCAAAAUUUUGCUGAUCUUUAAGGUUGCAAUUGUCACACUAAAGUUGCAGAUCCUUUGUUAGUUUCUUUUUUAAUUUCUUUUUUUUUUUUUUUUUUUUUUUUUGGUUACCGGGUAAAUAAAAUAAAUAUUUCAAAGAGCCAAUAAGUUCAUGUUGUUGGCACUGGCCAAACUGCAGUGGUAGCAAGUCAGAAACUGUAUCUCGUUGUAAUGAUCCUCUUGAUUUCAAGUGCAUUGAUAGGAGCAUUUGCACAAGAGUAUAAAUUAAAGGUUGAUAGAUAUUUAUUUAUAAAGUGGUCUAUAAAUAUUUACAAAGUAUACUGUAUAUGGGAAUAAUACAUGUAAAAUUUGUGUUACUUGUUCCUAACUCUGCUGUGACCCUCACUUUUCAAAAAGAGAUAAAGCAAGGUAUUGUUUGUGCAUCUAUUUGUGUUAAAACAACAACUAUAGGCUGCUGCUGUUUUGAGUAGAAGGUCAGUUUGUUAAAUUACACAAUAUAUAUUUUUUUAUUUUGAAACUGUAUCAAAGGCUAAGGUUUUGCUGUUACUGCCAAACCAAAUAAAGGUAAAAAUAGUUGACGUACACUC